CCAUUCGAUUUGAUUUUUAUCGGUUUUAUUUUUAACAUCCUAUACGUGAAUUAUCUAUGUACAUAUACAAUUGAACUAUAAAUCGCAGUGUAAUAUAAUCAUCGUUCGUAUAUUAUAACUUAAGAAUGAUCAAUGGUAACGAGAAUACCCGUUUAACGUAUUAAAAUUGAGAAUUACCUGGGGACCAUAAUUAUUCCAAAAGGAUUCGUUCGUGAGGUUUGAUUAGAAUCUAUGAGUUUCCUCGUUCGUUCGCGAAAAAAAACGAAAGGAAAAACGGGGACACAAAAUUCAUUUAACGAAGUCACAACUUGUCCGAUAUAGCUAAGAACGAUUUUCUUCUUCUUCUACUUCUUCUUCUUUUUCUUCUUCUUCUUCUUCUUCUCUCUGCUGGUAACUUCGUCAAUGGAAAAACGAACCGAUGCAACCUACGAUUUGCAUACGAAUGCAUUAAAGUACCGAUGAUGGAUUGAGGUAUAGAAAGAGAGAAAACUCCCCGAAGAUAACCGAAUAAAACGAGGAUUAAAUAAAAUGAACGUUUUAUCGGAUCUUCGAUGAGACAGACAGACAGAACGAAGAUUUUUCGAUCGAGGUUCUUCUUCGGUGAGGUGAAGAGUGGAGAAAGAAGACGAUAAAAAUGAAGAGAGAAAAAAACAGAGAGAGAGAAAGAGAAAGAGAAAGGGAGAGAAAAAGAGAGAGGUGUUACGCGUUAGAAACUUCUAGAGACUGAAGGCGACAAUAACCAAAAGACUAGAGUUAAGUGCAACUUUGACAAUAAAUAACCCAAGGCUGAUACUAAAAGGAAAAAGAGGAUAAUACUGGAUACGUCCGUUUACUAUGGGGAUCCUGAUGUCUGCUACAAGAGUAAAGGGGACUUUGCACGUACACCUACGUAAAUCGCAUAGCUCUUUCCAACGAUAAAGAACCAAAGAGGGUUUUCUCGUUCGAAAAAAAAAAAGAAAAAUAAAUAUAUACGAUGUUCUCUAUACUCUCUCCAUGGUAAUACAAGAAUUUUUUCUUUUUUUUUCUUUCCCAAAGAAGGGGACCCCGAGUUUAUUCCAGGAGAAUUGAUAACCAACCAACCAACCAACCAACGAUCUGAGAAAAGUAUCGAAGAAAUCUCGCAUACAUAAACUAAAUCUUUGAAAAUUCGUACGAAUCUUCUGUACGAAGAUUGAAUUUAUCAAGAAAUAGAGAGAAAGAGAGAGAGAGAGAGAGAGAGAGAGAGAGAGAGAGAGAGAGAGAGAGAGAGAGAGAGAGAGAGAGGGGUCCAAAGGGAGAAGAGAUGUCACUGAAUCAUAGAUAUUACGUGACAACAGUACCGGACGAAGCCGAGGACAGCUUUAAAAUGCCCAGAGCUUCCGUGGUACAUAUGACGUCGACUGCAACGAAACCGCAGCACAUGUCGCAGGUUUUGGCGACCCUGGCACUUUCCAUGGGAACGUUGUCCUCUGGCUUAGCAAAAGGCUAUACCUCGCCUGCAUUGGAUUCAAUCUUGGAUAAACAACCGCCUACACUCUAUCAAUCCACCAACAACGAUACUUGGGCGGUUUUCUCAGUGACGUCGCAGGAGGCUUCAUGGGUCGCAUCCUUGUCGAUGUUGGGUGCAUGGUGCGGAGCCAUGAUCGGUAAUUGGAUAAUGAGAAAAGGCCGACGUUUAGCACUACGAGUUACAUCAUUACCAUUGACUGCAGCAUGGAUUCUUACGGGAGUAGCACCUAGCGUGGAAGUCGUAUAUUGUACGAGUUUUAUAGGUGGACUGUGCUGUUCCAUUAUCACCAUGGUAGCCCAAGUAUACAUCUCGGAAAUCUCGAUGCCAGGCAUCAGAGGGUGCCUUUCGGCGAUGUUAAAGGUGCUGGGUCACGUUGGCGUCUUGUUAUCUUACAUAGCUGGAACCUAUUUGAACUGGCGACAGAGUGCUCUUUUAGUAGCCGUAGCACCGUCUAUGCUCUUUUUGGGAACUCUCUUUAUACCCGAAACACCGUCCUAUCUCGUUUUGAAUGGAAAGGACGAAGAGGCCGCGAGCAGCUUGCAGUGGUUACGUGGCGAGCAAGUGGACAUAAGACACGAGCUACAGGUGAUCAAGACGAACAUACUGGCCUCGAGAGCGAAGCAAUACGGAUUGACGUUAAGGAGCAGCAUUCUAACGCCACGACUAUACAAGCCGAUCGCCAUAACUUGCGGACUUAUGUUCUUUCAGAGAUUUUCCGGAGCGAAUGCGUUCAAUUACUAUGCCGUUAUAAUAUUUCGUCAGACCUUAGGAGGAAUGAAUCCUCACGGUGCAACUAUAGCGAUCGGAUUCGUCCAGUUAUUGGCAUCCUUGUUGUCGGGUUUCCUAAUCGACGUCGUGGGUAGAUUACCGCUCCUGAUUGCCAGUACAGUUCUCAUGUCGUUAGCGUUGGCUGGUUUUGGUAGUUACGCCUAUUACGUGUCCCAAACGCAAAAUUUGGGCUAUUCGGAUUCUGCGGUACCUGCUGGCGAACACGACUGGAUACCGUUACUCUGUGUACUGGUCUUCACUACUGCCCUAGCCCUGGGCAUAUCGCCAAUUUCCUGGCUAUUGAUUGGCGAACUUUUUCCACUGGAGUAUCGAGGUAUCGGCUCUAGCAUCAGCACCAGCUUCAGUUAUUUCUGCGCCUUCUGCGGCAUUAAACUCUUUAUGGAUUUUCAGCAAAUCUUCGGAUUACACGGAGCAUUUUGGUUCUACGCGGGAAUGGCGGUCUGCGGACUUUGUUUCGUGGUAUAUUGCGUACCCGAAACGAAAGGAAAACAAUUGGACGAAAUGAAUCCGGAAUACGCACAGGCACGGUAGUAUAAGGCCUCCUUGACGGGAGGUUUGUCGAAUCUCGAGAAGGCAAAUAAGCCUUUACCGAGCGGUGCUUAUCCUAACGAGCACGAUCCUCGAGAGAUAUACAGGCCCGAUCAAGUUGCUCUCUCUACGGCUGGGCCAGAGUUACCCAGGCCUAGUCAUCGUUCCUUGUCCGAGUAUUGUGGCAUUUUUGCCGAAAAGACCAACAGAAUAGGCAAAAAUGUUGGAAAUUUCAUGCAAUCUCGUGGAUUUUUAGCAACACCCAGGCAAACAACAACUUCUAAUACCAAUCUUUUAUCAUCGAUUAGAAUCAACGGAGAUUUGAACAAGGUAGUUCACGAGAGGAAUUCUACAAGAAAUUCUACGAGAGAUUCUACGAGAAUAUUCGAACGGGAUCGAUACUACGAAGGUAUAACGACGGUUAGAAACGAUCGAGUUCAUCGUACGUCAGCCGUGGAGGAAGCUCGCAGAACUAAAAGACGAAAUUAUCGGAAAGAAUACGAGGAUCGUACAAAUGACGACUGUUGGAAAGAGGAUCCAAGGAGAAACAUAAACGGUGCUAAGCCGAUCCUGAGAAAUGGCAUAGGUUACGAGAGACCCGAAAGAGUACCAUACUGUUCAACUAUUCCGAGACGUAGCAGGACCAUUAAUUUCAAGGAUCAAGCUUAUAACUCCCUGGAGGAGCUACGCGGAUACCCGAAGAGUCUGCAGGAUUUAACGGAUUUCGAGGUCGAGGAUAGAAUAGAACAUUCUAGCAUCUGUUCAUUCCCGAAAAAAAA